AUGACCCGAGAGAGACGUGACUAUCUUGCAUCCUCUGGGGUACCUCAACAACAUCAUGAUGCUGACGAGCCAGAGAAGAAUCUCUCCACAUCAGAACACCUCAAGAAACACCAGCAGAGACCCACAGGGAAGAAAUCUCACCACUGCUCUCACUGUGGGAAAAGUUGCAAAUCUUCAUCAGAACUUAAAAUACACCUGACAAUUCACACAGGACAGAAAUCUUUUGGCUGUGAUCAAUGUGGGAAGAGUUUUACUCGGCUACAAACCCUGAGAUCACACCAGAGAAUACACACUGGAGAGAAACCUUAUAGGUGUAACCAAUGUGGGAAGAGUUUUCCUACAUCUAGCUAUCUAACUAUACACCAGAGAACUCAUACAGGAGAGAAACCAUAUAGCUGUACUCAAUGUGGGAAGAGUUUUACUCGGCCAGACAGCCUGAUAUUACACCAGAAAACACACACUGGAGAGAAACCUUAUAGCUGUAAUCAAUGUGGGAAGAGUUUUACUCGGCCAGACAGCCUGAUAUUACACCAGAGAACACACACAGGAGAGAAACCUUAUAGCUGUAAUCAAUGUGGGAAGAGUUUUUCUACAUCUAGAGAUCUCACUAAACACCAGAGAACUCAUACAGGAGAGAAACCAUAUAGCUGUACUCAAUGUGGGAAGAGUUUUUCUACGUCUAGCUAUCUCACUAUACACCAGAGAACACACACAGGAGAGAAACAAUAUAGCUGUAGUCAAUGUGGGGCAAGAUUUGCUUGGCUAACCAGCCUAGUAUCACACCAGAGAACACACACAGGAGAGAAACCUCCUAGCUGUGAUCAAUGUGGGAAGAGUUUUACUAGAUCUAGCUAUCUAACUAUACACCAGAGAACACACACGAGAUAAUCCUUGCUGUGCUCAAUGUGGAAAGAGAUACUCUGAUAAAAGAUCUCUGACUAAACAUCAGAAAAUACAUGGAGUUGUUUCAUGAUAUCAAUGAAUUAAUGUCACAAUGUAGAAUGUUUUAACAUUGUAGUAGGAGUAUUUUAAUGUCACAAUGUAGAACCCUAAACGUUUGUCCCCUGUUCUAUUGAUUUCAACAUGAUAUGGAUAUUAGCCUCAGGGGGAAAAUCCAGGCUCUGAAUUGAAAGAGUACUAUUUAUGAGAUUUAACAAAAAGUGACUGACAAAAAAGAGUUGUUACACUUACGAUGUUGUUGACCCACUUGAAUCAAAAUGCAUCACUCCAAAAUGUAGCUGACUGUCUUCUGCAGGUUGUCCUCUAACCAGUGAGGUAAAUAUAUCUCCCAUUUCCAUGUGUUUGUUGUUGUUAGUUUCAACAGCACAUGCAACCUGAUUUCCCCCUAAUUGAUAUCAGUGAUUUAUUGCUACUUGUCAAAACAACAGCGUUUCUGGUGCUUGUGCAGUUUAUAAGGUGCUUGUUUAAAAAAAUACAAGUAAUAUGAUUAUUGUGGCAGAUGUUUAUGUAUAUAGUACAUUUUAUGUUUAGGUUUUCAAUAUAUCCCAAACUGUUUCUGCAUAUCGGUUAUUGAUUUGGACACGUUAGAACUGUGUUUUGACGUUGGGGCUAUCCCACCUAGCAACAUGUUGUUGAAAAGAAGACUAUGCCCGACUUUCGGUUGAAAGUGAAGUCAUUUCGUCAAUGACUUGAAAACAACUUCAUUUCAACGUACUUGCUGCCUAUACACAUGGACACAGUAUAAUAAAUUGGUCUAUAAUCAAUUUUAUUAACAA